AUGGAUCUGCGGGAGGAGCCUCAGCAGGGUCAGCGGGAGCAGAAUGCAGUUGGUGCUGCACAGCAGCAGCUGCCACUGGUACUGGACCUACUGGAUGCUCGAGGAAACCGCAUCAGCGACAGCGUGCUGCAUGUGGCGUGGGCGGAUGCCAAUGGAGCAUUCCUCUUGGCAGCUGCAACUCGCUCCUCCAUCAUUGUCUUCUCACUACUCAGGUAUUUCCAAUGGCUGCUGGGAGAUCUUGAUGCCAUCAGCAAUGUCCAAGGGCCCCUGGCAGAGCAGCUGUGCGUGGUGGAGCUGAGCAAGUCUGAGACCAUCUGUGGGUUGGACUGGACGCACAAGGCUGAUGGCCUGCUGUGCGCUGACUCAUCGGAUACAGCAAGGAGGAUGGAAGAUGGGCAGCUCCCAAUGAUGGAAGGCCUUGAGGUGCUGUGGAAAGGGGAAGUCAGCGAGCCGCAGACUUUGCUCAGCGCUGGAAAGACUGCUUUCUCCCCGGCUGCAUCUGCAGCAGGCUCCAAGAUGGUACAGGUGUGGUGGCCACCUCAGCAGCCUGAUGCAUCUCUACCACACCCAGCAGCUGCCGUCAAGCAGGAAGCUGCCGCCACCAAAGCGGUCGCUGAGCCUGUUGGUUUCUCAUCGGAGACCAUGGCAAUCCUGAGCAGCUUGGGCGGAGGCAAAGUGGAGCCAGUGGAGGCAGUGAAGCCACCGGACAGCACACCAGAAGCAGAUGCCCCUGCGGAGCCGGAUGGGAGCAAUGAGCUGAGUAUGGAGCAGUUGCGGCAUACAUCACCCGUAGUGUCCGUACAAUGGAGUGGCGCAGACCUGCUGCAUGGGGAUGCAGGGGAGGGAGAUGGGCCCGCUGGGGCGCUGCUGCCGCCAGCUCAACCGGCGUUACUCACCAUGACUCGCGACGGCGUCAUGCGCGUGUGGGUGGAGGUCACCAUGGCGGCUCAGCAGCAGCGGCCGGCUGAGGGCGCCACGUCACCAGAGCGGGCUCCUGCUUGGGGCGCUGCCCGUGUCAUCCAGCCGCCGGUGGGUGCGUGGGAUUUGGGCCGGGGGGCGCCGCGCGUCUGCUGGGCCGUUCCCUCCGGACCGGAGCCGGCCACGCGGCCGGAGCUGCGCGCGGCCAAAGUGCUGUGGAUUGUGGGACCAGAAUCAGAUGCUGGCGGCGGCCCUUCAGCGGCCGCAAGCGCUGAUCGGCUGCUGCUGUGGGCGGUGGCGGGCCUCACCGGCGUGGUGAUUGGCGGUCGUCCCGGCAGCGGCGCGGCCAGCCGCAGCGCGCGCGUUCCGCGCGCUGUGCUUUGGGGCCAGCACGCUGGCAGCCUGGGCCCUCGGACGCUGUCUGCCUCGGUAACCGUGGCAGAAGACAUUCCGGUGCUGCGCGCAUUUGAGGCCGCCGGCGCAGAGCACGGAGGGAACACAGAGCUGCGUGCGUACCGGCUGGACACUGUUGAAGAUGACGAGGCGAUGGCAUCAUCCCUGCCUCUUCCAACCUCCCCAGGCUCAGCUUUGCCGCCAAGGCAUCUGCAGGUCCACGCGCUGACACAGACAGAGCUCCUGGGCCAUGCAUCACCUGUGUCAGCCGUGCUUCCCAACGAGGGCCUGAACAGCGCAGUAUCUCUGGGCAGCGAUGGCAGCCUGCUCAUCUGGAGACUGUCCCCUCUGCAGCCCUUACUCAGCCUCACACUGCCAAGGAGCUCUGCGGAGGACAGCAGCUCUGCAAGUGCCUCAGGCCAGUUCACUGCAGUAGAAUGGCUGCAGCACAGCUCUGCUUCGCAGAGAGAUAGGGGCCAGUGCCUGCUAGCUGCAGCAUCCUCUUCUGGUGUCUCCAUAUUUGCUUGGAGGCACAGGCAGCAGAGACUGAGGAGAGCGGGAGAUGUGAACCCCACACUGCUGACUACACUCGCGCUGCCGCCCAGCUCGGGAGUGUUGAGGUGGCUGCACCAGCCCUACCAAGCAGCCGGCGCCUCCCAGGAGCCUGACAUUAUCACCCUCCUUGGGUGGAUCGCCCCUGAACACUCAGAAUGCCAAGACCAACCCUCCAGGCAGGACAAAAUGGCUGUCUGGCAGAUCAAGGCGCAGGAGGGUGGCAUUGAGGGCAGCCUUGUCAGCAGCGCAGCCUUGUCAGGCCUGGAGUCCUCUGCAAGAGUGACGUGUUUCGCCAGCUUGUGCGGCGGUGCACAAGAUGCAGUAGCACUUGCAGGUGACUCUGCUGGCUGCUUGCAUGUUGUGGGUUUGGAGGACGGAGGCAAGGGCGUCAAAACCUUGGCAACAGUUUCGGGGACAGAGCGCCAAAGUGCUGUGGUGGCUCUCUCGAGUGCAUGUGGGGGAGCCAGAAUAGGCGCGGCAGUGGCCAGCAGCCGUCUCAUGGUGUACGAAGCCCAGUCAGGCGUGGAUUAUGCGCUCACCGCGGUUGUCCCUCUGCCAUCCGAACCCACAGAUGUCGCGUCCCUGCCGCUGCCGGCACCGGCUUUCGCUGUCGGCUGCACCGGCAGGGGGUUUGUGGUGGUGUGCCGCGCCAGAACAGGCGCCUGGCAGACACUGGCUGCACUGUCGCCCACGCCGCUGCCAGGGGCAACACUCGCGCCACUGCAGCCGCCAGAUCUUCUGCUUGCCGCACUGGGAAACCAGCUGGAGAAGCACCGCGGCUUGUCGUCUCCCAGUAGCGUCCCUGGGGAAGGAGAUCAAUCGUUGGCUGAGCUGGCGCUCAGAGUGGGGGGGCCGAGGGCGCCAUGGGACCCCCUGGUGAUCCGCGGCCUGCUGUCUCGCGGACGCCGAGCGGCCGCUGCGGCUGCUCUGCGCCACUUACUGGCACGCCUCAAAGCCGUGGAGGCGGCUGGUGGGUCAGGCUACAGCACUCUGGAGCCCGACGCAGACAGCAGGCCAGCUGCAGCAGUAUCUGCACAGCUGCUGACAUGGGCGCGCCAGCUCAGCAAUUUCCUGAGCAGCCCACAAACGCAUGUAAACUCCCAGCAGCAGAGCAGCCGUGCCACAGCGAACGGUGGCUCCAUCGUGCCCCGCGAGGGACGGUCUUCUGCUCAGGUGCAAGGGCAGACACCUACCAGUGCAAGCGCAGCUUCAGUAGAUCCCUUUGCCUUUAACAUGAGCAGCUUUGGCGGCUCUGCCGGCUUUGGUACUGACGCGCCCUCAAGCGCGGCAGCGGCAGCACAGGACCCCUUUGCCUUCAACAUGGGUGCCUUUGGGAUACCUAGCGCAUUGGGUGACAGCUAUGAGGCCACAGCUGUGAAUUCAGCGAGCAGCAUGAGUCAUGAGGGCGGAGAUAACAGCGCCUUAGCGGCUGCCGCGGGCGCAUAUGCCUUCGAUGCAGGCGCCUUUGGCAUGCCAGGAGGAACACAGGCAAAUGCCAGCAACAUCGAUGAGGAUGCAUCUGCAAACAAGCAGGGAUCAAGAACCCAGGAAGGGCAGCGAGCAGCAAGCAGCGCGGAUCCCUUCGCAUUCAGCAUAGAUGCCUUUGGGGUCGGUAGCAGCUCACACCUCAAUAUGGAGGAGGGUGACAGUUCCUCCAAUCCCUACGCCGCUGACAGAGGUGAUACAGGAGAUACGAGCAGUGGGCACCAGAAUGUAGCUGCAGCAGCCAGUGUGGCGGACCCGUUCGCCUUUGACCCAACCAGCUUUGGCAUGGAGGCUGCGACUGAGCCACAGUCCCAGUCAAGCAGAGCAGAGGCCCCCGUCAGCAACAAGUCAGGAUCAGAUCAAGUUUCUGCUGAAGCACCUUCUCAGAGCGCAGCGUCAGGGAGAGUAGCAGCUGCCGCCGACCCCUUUGCUUUCGACAUGGGCGCCUUUGGAAUGGGUGGCUUUGCAGCGGCAGAUUCAGCGGCUGACGACACCGGCAAUGACCCAUUUGCCUCUGACAGGCAUGCAGAAGUGCCGCAAAGUCCUUCAGCAGGGGCUUCAGACAUCCUCUCAGGCACCCUGGAUCCCACUGCAUUCGGAAUGGGCGCUGCAGAGGCAGCUGUCCCGUCUCCAAAGCGGCAGCCGCCAGCUGUCUCGGGCAAAAGCGGUUUCGAAAGGGGCAGAGCAGCGCCUGAUCAGUCGUCGGGGGCAGGGAACGCUGAACGCGCACAGCGCAGCAGCCAGCUGGACGCCUUGACGUCCUAUUCUGGCGGCGUGACCAAGGAUGCCACAACAGGCAGCGCCCAGCGAAGCAGAGGCAUGCAUGCAAAGCUUGAAGCGCCGGUCAGAAAGACUUACACGCUGUCAACAGUGGAGCUGCAAGAUCUGCAGAGGCUGCUGUUCCUUGCUGCUGGAUUGCCGAGCCAAAACACUGAUCCCGAGGAAGAUGGAGAUGAGGAGGCGGGUGGGAAUGGGCUGCCAAAGCUGGAGCUGGACAGCAAUAGCAUCAGUGUCUGGCUUGGGUUGGAGAGGCUCGACAGAGAUGCAGUGCAGGAGCUGUUGGGCCUGGCCAGUGUGCUGGCAGCUGCUCAGGCAGAGCCCCUGGACGAGCCAGCUCAGCGGCUGCUGACGUCCCUGCAGGUUGCCCUUGUUCCCCAGCCUGCCAGCAACAAGGAAGCUAAGCCUGCACCGCAAAGGCAGAUUAUUCGCUCCAGCUCUAGCCUGGCCAGCCUGCUGGCAGCAACAAGAGGCACCACUACACCAGGCAAGUCAGAGGAAGGGGGUUGGGAGAGCAAUGUGGGCCUGUUAGAGGCCGUUGACAUGCGCGCUGUCCUAUGGGCGCUGAUGUCAGCAUCGCCUGGCGCCCUGCUGGACGCAUGCAUGGCCACGGUGCCCGCGGACACUAUGGUGGAGGAGAAGCAGGAGCCCAAGAUCGACUUCACAUACAGCGGACAGAAGAAGCUGGACCUGGGCUUUGGCUUCGGCACUGCCAAGCCUGCAGAUGCGCAGGAUAGUUUUAAGCAGCUUAGCUGGGAGCGCAUGCGCAAGGCAGGCGCCGGGUUUUGGCUGACGGACGCGAUAGCGGUGCGGCAGCAGGCGGAGGCGCUAGCAAAGGCCCAAUUUGCAGCGAAGCGGGACCCCUUCGACUGUGCGCUUAUGUACAUUGCGCUCGGCAAAAGGACCCUGCUGCAGGGGCUCUUCCGCUCGGCGCAGCACAAGAAGCAGGCAGAGUUCCUGGGCCGCUCCUUCACCUCUGACAAGGACAAGGCUGCCGCCGCGAAGAAUGCCUUUGUGCUUCUGGCGCAGCACCGGCCGCAGCUGGCUGCCGCAUUCUUUAUCCUGGCGGGGCAGCUGAGGGAUGCGGUGGGCGUGUGCGCCAAUGAACUGGCCGAUCCGCAGCUCGCCAUCUUCCUGUGCCGCCUGCUGGAGCCGGCUGGCGGGCCCCUACUUCAGCACCUGCUUGCUGACGAGCUCCUGCCACGAGCGCUGGACAAGCAGGAUGCAUGGGGCGCUGCUGUGCUGGAGUGGCUGCUGGGGCGGCCAGAUCAGGCGCUGCAGACUCUGCUGUCAUCUCCUCCUGCGCCAUUGAUGUCUCCCCAGCAGACUCAGGUUGACAGGGCUGGUGCGCCAGAAGAGGCGCUGCUGUUGGACUUCCUGCACCACUGCACCGCAGCCCAAGCCGCCAGCCUGGUGCCCGGGCCCGCCACGAUGUGCACGCUGCGCACCCUCGCACAGCGCAGCGCAGCAGCGUUUGAUUCUGCCGGCAUGCCUGAUCUGGCGCUGGAGGCACUUGCUCUAAUGGAGGCGUUUGAGCAGCCGGGCGGCGCAUUGCAGUCGAUGAAGACAGAGCUCGCUGCUUCUGCGCUGCUUCGGCUGACUAUUGACGCAGGCAGGAGGGCAAGCUCGGAUGCAGGCAAGGCGUGGAGGACGGCUGCGCAGGCAGGGCUGAGCGGGCUCAUAGAAAAGGGUAUCCUGCUGGAGCCGGAGCCUGUUUUGGAGCGGCUGGGUGCACUCGCGGCGCUGCUGCGGCCGGGGGAGGCGCCUGUUUUAGCUGAGGAGCCGUCAACGCCGUUCUCCGAGUCCAGCAGCCGCCUGUCCUUCAGCCGCGAUCGCAGGUCUGGCAGCGUGCGCGCUGGUGCGGGCGGCUUUGCCGGGACGCUGUAUGACGGCGGCUGGGUGGUGCAGCAGCUGCACGACAAAGUCUUCACCGUCUGCGCAGCCCAGGCCGGGGAUUGGAGCGGCGAGGGGCGUCCAAUGGUGGCGGCCACGGCGCACAAGGGGCUGGUGGAGCUGGAGGUAACGCCGCAGCAGACCGUGGACGCAUCCGAAGCAGCUUCCUUCUCAGCUGCCGCCUCUGACGCCAGCUCAGCCGCCAAGGGGUCAGUCUUCUCGGCGCUGCUGACUGACAUGAUGGAGGCAGUGCGCUGGCCGGCCGCCGCCACGUUAUCCGCCACAUCACCCGCCAUGUCAGCAGCCGGAGAUAACGCCUCCCCACGGACGUCACCGGCCGCUCCGGCCGCCGGCGCCUCUCCGAGAUCAUCUCCCAAGGCCGCCACCCGCGCGCUGCUGUCUCUGACGUCUUCGAGCGCGCUGAACCCCCGGGACUCGCCGACAGCUAAAGUGUCCGCGCGCACUGACAAGAUCGCCACUGUCGCGCUGGCCUCGCACCCCUUCCGGCCUCUCUACCUGUCAGGCAGCGCGACGGGGGAGAUAUAUCUGUGGCAGAUUGGCGCGAAGCAGGCGACCGCCGGAUACACUCCCAUUCCGGCAACGUUUGGCGCGGCGCCUCCUGCUGCGUCGGCCUCAAUAUUCGCGACACCCAGCCGCGCAUGGAACAUUGACCGCCCGGGCGCGCUGGCUGCGCUCGGACACUGGGGCCAGCCUCAGUCGGUAUGCUUCAGCGAGGGCGGUGAGCGCUUUGCGGCAAUUGGCCAGGGCGGUAUGGCGGCUGCUUGGCGGCUAGACGCUCCGCAGUAUACCCGCUCUGAUAGCGGGCCCCUCGCUCGCUCCGACUGGUGCCACCAGGUGCUGUCCAAGCGCGGGGUGGAUAUAGCGUUUGUCGGCGGCAGCAGCAGCGUGCUGGCUGCGGGCGGCUUCUGCCCAGUGGGAGGGAACAUCGUGCUUUGGGACACCCUGGCCCCCAUCUCAGCUGGGCCCAUCGCAUACCUCACCCACCACACCCCCUUGGUCACCGCCCUGCAGGUGCUGCCGGGCGGGCGGCUGCUGGCGGCUGCGGAUGAGGCCGGGUCGGUGUCCGUCUCCGACCUGCGCAUGCUGGGCACCCAACGCAAGGCCCUACUGUGGCAGGCGAAGGCGGGCAACGGGGGCGUUACCUGCCUGGCAAGCGGGCCGCGGCCGGGACUGGCUUCGGGCAGCCGCGAGGGAGUGAUCACAUCAUGGGCCGUCGACAGCGGAACAGCGCUGCAGAGCAUCGAUGUGUCCCAAGUGCAGCCCACCUCCAAGCAGGCCCCCACGCCCAAAGGGUAUAAUUUCUUCAGCGAUGUGUUGAAGAGUGCGCGGCAGAGCGUGGCACCAGUCAUCACUGGGCUGGCCAGUUGCCCAGAGGGCCUCAUCUCCAGCUGCCUCGAUGGCACCAUCCGCUUCCACCCCAUGCUCUAA